GAAGUUGCGUAUCGGAGCUUUUAUUUUGAAAGGAACGUGUGUUUUCUGUGUCACUUGACGUUGAAGUUAACCUCGUUGAGGAAAUACUCUGAGAAACACUCACCUCUGACUCCAGACUGUGGUUUAUUAUCGCUGAACAGACAGCCAGGGAGCCGGUUGACUGCCUGCUGUGCGUUUCCUCUGUGUGUCGUUAUGUCACCUUCUUCAUUUCUCUUCUGAAUAAACUGGAAACGAAACUCUGAAAGAUUAAAAAUGGACACGCAAGUUGAUCUUCAGGCUUCAGUUAACAGCUCUCCAGAUGAACCAGCAGAUCCUCCUCCUCCUCCUCCUCCUCCUCCGAGGAUGACCAGACAGCAGACUCUCACCUUAAUAUCUAUGGCAUCUGUCAACUUCAGCUCAAUGAUCUGCUACUCCAUAUUAGGCCCAUUUUUCCCCAAUGAGGCAGUAAAGAAGGGAGCCAGUCAAACUGUCAUUGGUCUCAUAUUCGGCUGCUACGCUGUCUGCAAUCUAAUUGGCUCGUUGAUAAUGGGGAAAUAUAUUGUCCAGAUUGGUGCAAAGUUCAUGCUUGUUAUGGGGCUUUUUGUGUCUUCAGGCUGCACCAUUAUGUUUGGGUUACUCAACCGGGUUCCUGCAGGACCCCCCUUCAUAAUCCUGUGCUUUGUAGUGAGGUCCAUAGACGCUUUAGGCUUCGCCGGAGCAAUGACCUCGUCUUUUGCCCUGACAGCAAAAAUAUUCCCAAACAAUGUGGCAACUGUUUUGGGCAGUUUGGAGAUUUUCACAGGACUCGGUCUCAUUCUGGGGCCACCGGUCGGAGGCUGGUUCUACCAGUCGUUUGGAUAUGAAGUCCCUUUUAUGCUUCUUGGAUGUUUCCUGUUGAUUAUGGUUCCUUUCAACAUAUACAUCCUGCCAAACAUAGGUAAGUCAGACCCCUCGAAGGAUUCAUUCUUUCGACUUCUCUCCAAAGUGAAAAUCGUCCUGAUCUGCUAUGUGAUAUUCACUCUUAGCUCAGGUCUGGGCUUCUUGGAUGCCACGUUGUCCCUGUUUGCUAUGGAGAGGUUUGGCCUCACAUCCGGCUACGUGGGACUCAUCAUGCUUGGUUUGUCGUUACCAUACUGCCUGGCGUCACCGCUGAUGGGCUAUAUCACUGAUAAAUAUCCUUCCAUCAGGCCUUGGUUCAUGGUGAUAGGAGGCACCGCCACAGCGAUUGCCUUCUGCAUGCUCGGCCCCGUCCCGUUCCUUCACAUCCCGAGUCAUCUGUGGUUGCUGAUCCUCAUGCUUGGUGUAAUUGGGUUUUCUCUUGGCAUGACUGCAAUCCCCACGUUCCCUGAGAUCAUCACAUGUGCAUAUGAACAAGGAUUUGAAGAGGGGCUGAGCACUCUUGGAAUGGUGUCUGGACUGUUUGGGGCAUUUUGGUCCAUCGGGAUGUUUUAUGGCCCGACAGUGGGCGGCCUUAUCACGCAACAUCUGAGCUUCGAGUGGGCAGCUGCAGUCCAAGGCGGCUUGGCGUUGUUGGGUGCCUUUCUCCUCGCUGUGUAUUACCUGUGUAAUCCCCCACAACGACAACAAAGCGUUCGAGAAGAUAGUCAACGAACAGAUGAAAGCACUCCUCUCCUGACUGAAUGAAGCCGUCAGCAACACGUGAAAGGACGCCAUACUGAACAAAACUACAUCUUAAUGUGUCAGCUGCUUGUAAUUCUUUCUACUUAAGUCAUGGAAAUAUUUUCCCGUAGCCUAAACAACAGCCUAAAAACAAAGCGGUACAACUGUAUUGAGAAUUUAAAUAGAUUGUUUCAUAUUGUACAUGAUGCUGAAUGAAUGUAACAUGAUUGUAGUCAACCACUGGAAUGUGCAGAUCACAAACUAAAUGUGCCUUUUGUUCUGAAGCUCUGCUGUAUUAAUGAUCUUAGUUUUCUUACAUCACAUGACCUGGAUUUCAGGUUGAAGUAACACAAGUCAAGAGCUGCUAUAUAAUUCAAUAUAACAGGGAGUAUUGUGUCACCAUCUCACUGCAGUUGGUGAUUUUAUAUACCUUCUUUUCUGACCGUCCAAGAUUUUUGCACUGAUAUGAAUAAAAACUGUAAAUAUGUAAAUGAAAAACA